GUCCUGCGCUUUGAAACGAGCACUGGGAUCACACAAAAAUAAUCGCAACAGGCGGGUGAGAUUUUCAGCAUUAGGCUGCGUUCUGGAGCCAAAGGGCUUCGCGGGUUUGGAAACAAAAUGUCGUUGCUUUUUUUACGACGUCUCUUCUGAGGAAUUCCCCGAGUUUGCAGAGGCUAGUCCUGCAGAGAUGCACGUUCAAACCAGCGGUCGGCAAGAAGCUGCGUCUUCCCUGCAACACGGAGCACAAGCCUGGAGAGCGUUUGGAUCGAGUGAUUGAAGUUGAUGAUUGUGUUGACGCCAAGAGGCAUAUUAUGAGGAGCUCUCUAAGGAAAUUUUGAUUAUUGAUCAUUCCUGUUUUUCCUCUUUAUUUAUUUAUUUUUUUUUCCUGCAACAACACAGAUCUGCCACCCAGAGACGCGUGUCACCUCUCCAAUCGCCGAGGCGCAGCGCGUCCCGCUUCUCAACUUGGAUACUGUUCUCUUUUUUCUCUUAACACUUAAGUUUUGGAGAUUGGAUGAGCGGAAAAGGAACGGAGGGAAAGAAAAAAAGGGAAGUAAGAAAUGUGGUAAUCGAUCGCGCAUCGUUCGUGGUUUUAAUGUGCGUCGGUGUCCAAUUAUUUACCCUCUUUCGCCGUUGUCUACUUGUACGCUGUUAUGUAACAAAUUGCCUCACUAAAAGACACAAAACGACAGGGAAAUAAUCCACAAGACUUUUUGAACACUGGGACUACUUUGGACGGAUAUUUGGUAUUGGUUUCAAGAGGAAGCAGUUGGAAUAUCAAACCUCUUCGGGGGAGACGCAGUGUACUGGCUCUGGAGUUACAGUGAGCCAGGGGCGAAGAAUUUGGAAAGUGGCGCUCACGUUUGAGGAUUACCAAGCGUUUUAUUCUCCUGCAAAAUACAAUACGUCUCCAGUUUGAUGUCUGAAAAGACUCUUAGGUUGCCAUGAGUGAGGAGGAGGAGGGCCCUGGUGUUGCAACAUCGACAUCAACGACACAGUCAGCAGCAGCAGCAGCAACUUCCAGGGUAACAGCAGCCAUAGCCCAAGGCAGAGAUGGUGUUGUUUCAUCCUCAUCCCCCCGUAGGCCCUCUCCUUGCUCCCACCUGCAUCCUGAGGAAAAAGAGGCAAAGGACGAAGAGAAAGGGAUCAUCCAGAAAGAGAGAAUCGAAGAAGAAAAGCAGCUGACGGUGGUGGAGGAGCGUGACGGUGAUGAUGAAGAUGAGGACGACGAUGAUGGCAGCAGUGAUACCAGUGUGUUAGUUGUGCCCUAUCCUGAGCUGGUGCCUGUGGUCUUCUUCUGUCUGAAACAGACAACCUGUCCCCGCAGCUUGUGCAUCCGUAUGGUCUGCAGCCCAUGGUUUGAGCGUGUCAGCAUGAUGGUAAUCCUGCUAAACUGCGUGACCCUGGGAAUGUACCAGCCCUGCGAAAACAUCGACUGCUCCUCAGACCGGUGCCAAAUAUUACAGGCCUUUGAUGCGUUUAUCUACAUCUUCUUUGCCCUGGAGAUGGUCAUAAAGAUGGUCGCCCUGGGAAUCUUUGGGCGGCGUUGUUACCUUGGGGACACGUGGAACCGGCUGGAUUUCUUCAUCGUCAUGGCAGGGAUGGUUGAAUACUCUCUGGAUUUGCAGAACAUCAACUUUACAGCCAUCAGAACAGUGAGGGUGCUGCGGCCUCUCAAGGCGAUUAACAGGGUACCAAGUAUGCGUAUCCUGGUGAACCUGCUGCUUGACACGUUGCCCAUGCUGGGUAACGUUCUCCUCCUCUGCUUCUUUGUUUUCUUCAUCUUCGGCAUCAUCGGGGUGCAGCUGUGGGCGGGGCUGCUCAGGAACCGAUGCUACCCAGAGGAGAACUUCACACUGACUACGGGUAUCAGUCUCCCUCGACCUUACUAUAUGGCUGACGAAGACGACGAAAGGCCUUUUAUCUGCUCCUUACCCGUUGACAAUGGCAUCAUGUCCUGCUCAGAUGUCCCAGCCCGCCGUGAAGGAGGCAGGGCCUGUUGUUUGGAUAAAGAGGAUGUUGUCUACCGUCAGUCCAUUGGAUUGAGUCCUGAACCUUUGACCAACGGCAGCAUUAGUAUAGCUGGCCUGUGUGUCAACUGGAACCAGUAUUUCACUAGAUGUCAUACUGGAAGCACUAACCCACACAAAGGUGCUAUCAAUUUUGAUAACAUUGCCUAUGCCUGGAUUGUCAUCUUUCAGGUGAUCACUCUGGAGGGCUGGGUGGAGAUCAUGUACUAUGUAAUGGAUGCUCACUCUUUCUACAACUUUAUCUACUUCAUCCUAUUAAUAAUAGUUGGUUCCUUCUUCAUGAUCAACCUGUGCCUUGUUGUCAUUGCGACCCAGUUUUCAGAGACGAAGCAGCGAGAGCAUCAGUUAAUGCAGGAGCAACGAGCUCGGUGCACGUCCUCUUCAACACUGGCCAGUGAGCCAGGAGAUUGUUACGAAGAGCUCUUCCAGCUGGUCUGCCACUGCAUCCGCAAGACCAAGAGACAAACUGUUGCCUUUUUUAACACCUUGAGAGGUAAACCUCGUGGAUUCCGGGGUGUUGGGAGAGGAAGACGAGUAGGGGAAGAGAGGGAAAGGAAGGCCAAUGGAAGGGGAGACCGUGAGAGGAGACUGGUAACAAGACCUGGUCCUCCAUGCCCUCAUCAUCAUAAACCAGACGUCACCUCGUCAGCUGAACCUGUAGCCUCAACUGCCACCUCGAAGGUAGAUGGUUGCCCUCAGUGUGUCACAGCACUGAAACUUAAAGAUGGAGUGGGACCUGUUUGUGUAGCAGGUGAUGGACCAGACGAUGGGUCCGUAGAGAAAACCAGCAAUGAGGAUAAUCAAAAGGAAGGAAACAAAGACGAGGACAAGAAGAAACACAAAAGUGCUGAGAACCAUAUAGGUUGUAGUCCAAAGAAGCAAUGCAAAGAACUUUGGAAGAAGACAAGGAAGAAGCUUUGGAGCAUCGUAGAGAGCAAAUACUUUAACCGAGGCAUCAUGAUCGCCAUCCUGAUCAACACUAUCAGCAUGGGCAUUGAGCACCAUGAGCAGCCGGAUGAGCUCACCAAUGUGCUGGAGAUCUGCAACAUCGUUUUCACCAGCAUGUUCUCCCUGGAGAUGAUCCUGAAGCUCACUGCUUUUGGCUCUUUCAGUUACUUGAGAAACCCCUACAAUGUCUUUGAUGGAAUCAUCGUCAUUAUAAGUGUUUGUGAGAUUGUUGGGCAGUCAGACGGAGGUUUGUCGGUGCUGAGGACGUUCCGGCUGUUGAGGGUGCUGAAGCUGGUGAGGUUCAUGCCAGCUCUCAGGAGACAACUUGUUGUCUUAAUGAAGACCAUGGACAAUGUGGCCACGUUUUGCAUGUUACUCAUGCUCUUUAUCUUCAUCUUUAGUAUCCUUGGGAUGCACAUCUUUGGCUGCAAAUUCAGUCUGAAGACAGAAACUGGGGAUACAGUGCCAGACAGGAAGAACUUUGACUCCCUGCUGUGGGCUAUUGUCACUGUUUUCCAGAUUCUGACCCAGGAGGAUUGGAACGCAGUUUUAUAUAAUGGCAUGGCAGCCACCUCACCACUUGCUGCUCUUUAUUUUGUGGCGCUCAUGACCUUUGGAAACUAUGUCCUCUUCAAUCUGCUGGUGGCCAUUUUAGUUGAGGGGUUUCAGGCAGAGCAUGGUCGCAGUUCCAACUACCACAACUGGGGGCGACCUUUUCCUCCACAGUCUGGAUGGAGUCGCAGGUCUAGCUCAAACAGCCUUGGUAGGAGGAGCUAUGGUUUCGGUGGGGCGCCUCCUGUUGGAGGCAGCCUGCGUGUGCGCAGCACCCGCUCCCCCUACUCCUACAACCAUGCUUCAGAGCAGGAGUCCCUUCUCUCGCACUCUCUCCACUCCCAUCAUUCCCAUCAUCCUCUCCCACCCUCUUUGUUCGUCUCUAGACAUUUCGGAGCAAGAAGGGAUCGACGGGCUCUUUCCCUGGAACUCCCAGAAUUGCUCCGCACAGGCGGACAAGCUCCAGGACUGCCACCUGUUCAGAUUCCAGAUCAUGGAAGAAAGAGUGGGUCUGGGGCAGCGGGCUCUCUUACAGGGGGCUCGGGAGCUGGUAGUGGUUUAGGAGGGGAACAUCGGGACUGUAACGGCAAGGCAUCAGGUCAUCACAAUCAUUUGAUAACUAACGUCUUCCCUCAAGUCAAUGCACGCAAGGACAGGGCAGAUCUAGAUGAAGAAACAGACUAUAGUUGGUGCUUUCGUAUUCAGAAGAUGAUGGAGGUGUACAAGCCAGACUGGUGUGAGACUAGAGAGAACUGGUCUGUCUAUAUGUUCUCUCCACAAAACAAGUUCAGGAUACUCUGUCAAUCCAUCAUUGCUCAUAAGCUCUUUGACUAUGUGGUCUUGGUCUUUAUCUUCUUGAACUGCAUCACUGUGGCUUUGGAGAGGCCUAAGAUUCUUCAAGGAAGUCUGGAAAGACUGUUACUUACCCUUUCAAACUACAUCUUUACGGCCAUCUUUGUUGCGGAGAUGACAGUCAAGGUUGUAUCCAUGGGUCUAUACCUUGGAGAGACGGCAUAUCUGAGGAGCAGCUGGAACAUUCUGGAUGGUUUCCUGGUCUUUGUGUCUUUGAUUGAUAUUGUCGUCUCAAUGGCAGGAGGUGCUAAGAUCCUGGGAGUUCUACGUGUUCUCCGGUUGCUCAGGACACUACGGCCUCUCAGGGUUAUCAGCAGGGCUCCAGGGCUGAAGCUGGUGGUAGAAACACUAAUUACUUCCCUCAAACCCAUUGGAAACAUUGUUCUCAUCUGCUGUGCCUUUUUCAUCAUCUUUGGAAUUCUUGGAGUUCAGCUCUUCAAAGGCAAGUUCUACUACUGCGUGGGUUUGGAUGUGAAGAACAUCACUAAUAAAUCUGACUGCCUUGCUGCCAACUACCGAUGGGUUCACCACAAAUACAACUUUGACAACCUUGGACAGGCUCUUAUGUCGCUAUUUGUGCUGGCAUCAAAAGACGGCUGGGUUAACAUCAUGUACCAUGGAUUAGAUGCAGUGGGAAUUGACCAGCAGCCGAUGACCAACAACAAUCCAUGGAUGCUGCUCUACUUCAUCUCUUUCCUCUUGAUUGUCAGCUUCUUUGUGCUCAAUAUGUUUGUGGGCGUUGUGGUGGAGAAUUUUCACAAAUGUCGGCAGCACCAGGAAGUGGAGGAGGCAAGGCGUAGAGAGGAAAAACGGCAGCGUCGCAUGGAAAAGAAGAGGAGAAAGGCCCAGAAAUUGCCAUACUAUUCUUCUUAUGGCCGCACCCGCCUGGCCAUCCAUACGCUGUGCACCAGCCACUACCUGGACCUAGUAAUCACCUUCAUUAUCUGCAUUAAUGUCAUCACUAUGUCCCUGGAGCACUACAGCCAACCACAGUCGCUUGAGACUGCCCUGAAAUAUUGCAACUACUUCUUCACCUCCACCUUUGUGAUUGAGGCUUCUCUCAAACUAGUGGCAUUUGGCUUCCGGCGAUUCUUCAAGGACAGGUGGAAUCAGCUGGACUUGGCUAUAGUGCUACUGUCUGUAAUGGGCAUCACCCUUGAAGAGAUUGAAAUCAACGCCUCCCUUCCCAUCAACCCUACCAUCAUCAGGAUCAUGAGGGUGCUCCGGAUAGCACGAGUGCUGAAAUUACUGAAAAUGGCAACCGGCAUGAGGGCCCUGCUUGACACAGUGGUCCAGGCUCUUCCUCAGGUGGGAAACUUAGGUCUGCUCUUCAUGCUGCUGUUUUUCAUCUAUGCUGCUCUUGGAGUGGAACUAUUUGGAGAGCUUGUGUGCAAUGCUGACUACCCAUGUGAGGGAAUGAGCCGCCACGCUACAUUUGAAAACUUUGGAAUGGCCUUUCUUACGCUCUUCCAAGUAUCAACAGGUGACAACUGGAAUGGCAUCAUGAAGGAUACUCUGAGGGAGUGCCCACCAGAUCAUCCUGGAACCGACUAUGGCUGCCAUGCUGGACUGCAGUUCAUCUCUCCACUGUACUUUGUGUCAUUUGUGCUCACAGCUCAGUUUGUCCUGAUAAAUGUGGUUGUUGCUGUGCUUAUGAAGCACCUGGAUGACUCCAACAAGGAAGCACAGGAGGAUGCGGAGAUGGAUGCAGAAAUUGAACUGGAGCUGGCUCAGGGAGGCCUCUGCUGCAUGAUGGGAGGCAUCGGAGCCAUCGCCGGAGCUACAGGUGGGGCUGCGGCUGGGGCAGGCCUAGGCGGAGCAGUAACCGGGGCGAUUGCGGCAGGGACAGUUGGCGGUCCGAGUAGCGCAGUAAUGGCUCCACUGCGAGAUGGAGGAGGAGGCAGCUCAGCUAACGAGGGACCCACUCACCCUCGAUGUCGGCUCUAUUCUCCUUCUCAGGAGAGCCAGUGGCUGGACAGUGUGUCUCUGCUGAUUAAAGACUCAUUGGAAGGGGACAUGAUUGACAACCUCUCUGGGUCAGUUUUUCACCACUACUGCUCUUCUCCAGUCUGCAAGGACUGCAAGAGUCACCCAGAAGAGAUUCGAUUGGCGGAGGUGGAGCAGGCAUCGCUGAUGUCAGAACAGCUGUCAGACAAAUCCUCAUCUCCAGUGUUACCCGAUGACCUCAGCCUGGAUGAACACAGCAGCUACCAGCUGCUUGUCAGAGACAGUCAGAGGGGCAGCAGUGACUCUCGCAGUUCGGAGGAGCUGCUCACACAGGGAGGCUGCAGAAGACCUUUUCCCUCUACUUCAGGAAGUGAUGGAGUUAUUCAGCAGUGUGUGGAGUUCAUCCAUCCACCUCUAGAAUAUCCUUCGCCAGAGCAGCAAACCUCAGCACAUGAAAAAGAGGGCAAUGAAAAAAGAUGCAGUAGGGCUGGUGGUGCCGCUUCACCCAUAUUUCAGCUACCGGCAGACUUUUUUCACCCAGCUGCUGCUGCACAUUCAGACAGUCAUACGGACAGCAUGAGCCCUAAAGACAUAGACCCCUCCAUGUUGGCCUCCCCUGCCUCAUGGGCCUCUCUACGCUCUCCUGGAGCUAAUAGCAGGCCUUUGAGCUCUCAGCACCCAGCCCACAGUGACUUGUCCUUGGCCCCGGGCAGUUCAGAUGGCAGCCUGCAGGCGACACUAGAUGAAGAACUUCGCUUUGGCGUCUGCCCACCUCAACAUCUGGAUCUUCCCGUGCCUCUCCUGGGCCCUGUCCCCGGCCUUGCAUCGCAUCCUCGAGAAACGCCCACAGCAGACCAGGGGUCAUCGCCGCUGAACAGACAGAGUUCUGCUCUUAUUCUGCAUGCGACACGAAGGAAACAGAGGAGCCAGAGCAGCAGCGCCGGUGGAAGCAGUAGCACUGGCUGCCCCCAACAGGACUCCAUGGACCCUUCAGAUGAAGAGGUGGGCACAGGGACAGGACGGGACGGCUGCCGCCAAGCCCUCUACAGUGAACACUUGUCAGAAACGCUGAACAGUCUCUCGCUUACGUCGCUGCUCACCCCAGGCUCUCUGGCACCCACAAUGAUGAAGAAAUGCAACAGCACGGGAUCUCUAGAUCAGUCAAAUCUAUCCGCCCGAGGUAAAGAUGGCCGACACUUAUGUGCCACAGAUCCCUAUGGUUUCUUGUCCAACCCCUGGACCGAGAGAAGGGAAAAAGGUCCACGAGAGGACACUAAUGUGACAGGCCUCAGCAUGAAGAGCAGCACUCGGCAUAUCAACACAAGUUGCAGGAAAAAAAGAUGAAACUCUCGUUGCCGUUCUUUUGUGGAACAGUUAAAUCAUCUUCAUUUCUGGUGUUUGAACUGAAUACGAGGAGACUUUUUAAUACGUGCCCUGUGACAAAAUUCUUAAACUAUUUCACUUCAUUCGGUGGUCUGUUGUAUCCCUUUUCUCCUCAGAUUCCACUGCUUGGGAUAAGUAAUCUCUUAAAGAAUGUCUGAUUUCCCGUUUUUGUCAAGGACAUGGUUACAUUUUGACAGAUUUCCACAGUAAUUACAAGCUGAUUCACCUUUUAGCACAGCCAUGAUUUUGCUUUGAACUUUGCCAGUCUUAGGCUUUUUUUUUUCUUAAUAAUCCUAAUAGGACAUUCAGAAAAGCAAUUAGAUAAAACGGGCCUGAACUUUUUUGUGAUUGACAAACAAUCUUAAGGUGAUAUUAAAUUACAGGACACAGGGCUUACUUGACCCCAUGUGCCCGCAGCCUUUAUACAAAAACAAAACAGUCUUACAUGGCUGAUGACAACCUCUGAAGAUCCUUUUUGAGGAAGAACUGAACUUUGUACAGCUAGUCUUUUAGUUUUUUUUUUUAUAUCCACAGAUAACAGUAGCAUCCCCUAUUUCCAAUCCUUAGUGAAUUUAGUAGGUUAAGAAAGACUGUAUUUAAUUUUUUAAAUAGUUAUUAUUUAUUGUUAAAGACACGUCUGUCUCCAUCUCUGGGAAUAAGAAAGUGUGGACACAUAUAGAAGGAGAUAAGCCAGGAGCCUGGCAAAUCUCAGAAUUGAUUAAGGGACUCUGUAAAAAGAAAGAAUCCAUGAAUGCUGCUCAAAAUGAAGGUGAGGAGUAGGUGGAAGCGUUGUUUACUUUAAAAGAGGGAACCAUUUUUACUUUUCAUAUGAAGGGCUAUAAUGUACUGUGGGCAGACCUGGGCUAAAUACUAUUGUGAAAUAACACCUUUUGUUUAUGUAUAUAUAUAUAUAUAUAUAUAUAUAUAUAUAUAUA